GUUUGCGAAGUUCUGUCAUUUUAAUAAUAAUUAAUUAUCAUUAGUUACUACUAACAUUACAUAUAGUAAUUUAUUUUUCAAUUUAACAUUUAAUAUUAUAGCAGUGUUAAUAAAUUACGAUUAAUACAAGUUUAAUAUGACAUUAUUAUUUAAUAAGAAGCUGUAUUGAUUCACCAUACAUUUUGACACUUGCUCUCAUAGGCCGCUGUCAAAUACGCGUAGCCAACAUUCCAAACAGUUUCGUUCCGGUCGCCACUGUCGUGUGUCGGUGAAGUUAGUGGUGGAAUUUUUACGUGUAAUAACAUCAAAAAAUGGCGUCUGGUGUGACAGUAUCGGACGCGUGCAAAACAACUUACGAGGAGAUAAAGAAAGAUAAGAAGCACCGCUACGUGGUGUUCUACAUCAGGGACGAGAAGCAGAUAGACGUGGAGACGGUCGGCGAGCGCAACGCCGAAUACGACCAAUUCCUCGAGGACCUGCAGAAGGGCGGCACCGGCGAAUGCAGAUAUGGCCUGUUUGAUUUCGAAUACACGCAUCAAUGCCAAGGCACAUCGGAGGCAAGCAAGAAACAGAAGCUAUUCCUAAUGUCGUGGUGCCCAGAUACCGCUAAGGUCAAGAAGAAGAUGUUGUACUCCAGCUCUUUCGAUGCGCUGAAGAAGUCUCUGGUCGGCGUACAGAAGUAUAUCCAGGCGACCGACCUCUCAGAAGCGUCCCAAGAGGCCGUUGAGGAGAAGCUCCGCGCUACCGACCGCCAGUAAAGCAUUUGACCUACCGACGAACGGUGCACAUCACUAGCGGGCAUCGAUAUCGACGCGCGGGCUUAUCGAUUGCUGAGCUUUUAACUUUGUCGAUUCGAAUCUGUUGCUUUCGGAUGAUGGUUACUUGAAAUAUUUCAUUAUAAUAAUCGCUACAUUAAAACUUUAUCCUUUUAUAUUUUAUUCAAUAGAGAGCGCUGUUUUGCUGUCAUUGGACGUACAAAUAUUACCAACUACCUAUUACGUUUCAAUCUUGUUCAUGGUUCGUUAGUUCUUUAUAUACGCAUAAUUAAUUAAGACCCGAUGUAACGAUUAAAUCGUUAUAACAAUCGACAUAUAAGAUUGUAUAUUAAUUGUCAUCACUUAUCGAAUCGUCAGUAUCGAUGCAACAAUCGAUACCGUUACGUCACAAGGCAGUAUUGCGAACGGUAGUGGUGUGCACCGAGCAACUAAAUCGCAUGGGUUCAUUUUAUAUCAUUUCAACCCUGAGCUUCGCAGUCGAUUACACCCAAAAUGGCGGGCGUUAUACAGUGAACAUAGCUGUAGUCACGCCCUACAGCCACUAUAGCAAUUAAGGAGUAAUUUAAAUUAUACUAAUUAUAUAUAUAUAUUUUUUUUCCUAUAAAUAACUAAAGAGUUAAGGUAAGCUCAAACUAAAUUAUACAGCGGCGCUCGAUAUCUUUAAUUUGAAAUACAGGUUUGCGGACGUCGGCUUUUUGUACUAUUUAGAAUGUAAUAUAACGGAUGUACUGUUUUAUACGAUCGCCUAAGUUUCGUUUGAAAUUCAACUGCUAAUAUUAGCUUUCGGCUCGGUACCGCGGCGGGCGUUGGAUAGGUAUUUUGUAACCAAUUUAUUCAGAAUACACUCGAUAUAAGUGAGAA